AUCUUUAACCUGAUGAAGUUCGACAGCUACGCGCGCUUCGUGAAGUCCCCGCUGUUCCAGGCGUGUGUGAGGGCUGAGAAUGAGGGGCAGCCGCUCCCUGACCUGCGGGCUCACUCCCGGAACAGCAGCCCCCCACCCGACCUCGGCAAGAAGGCGAAGCUGAAGCUGGGAAAGUCCCUGCCACUGGGGGUGGAGGUGGCUGGCAGCAGUGCUGGCAGGAGCUCCCAGAGGUCCUUCAGGAGAGAGGAGCGGAGAGAGCCCUCGUGGACAGAGAUGGAAGAUGGCAAUGGGGGCUCGUCCCUGUGGCGUGAGUCCCAGGGCUCCUUGAAUUCCUCUGCGAGCCUGGACCUGGGCUUCCUCUCGUCGUCCUGCAGCAGCAGCAGCAUGGCCAGCAGCUCCCGGGCAGAGAGCCACAGGAAGAGCCUGGGAGGCCCAGAGCCCGACCCGCAGGGCAGGCCCAGCAAGUACUGCUGUGUGUACCUGCCGGACGGCACGGCCUCGCUGGCCUCGGUGCGGGCUGGCGUCUCCAUCCGCAACAUGCUGGCAGGCCUCUGUGAGAAGCGCGGCUUCAGCCUCCCUGACAUCAAGGUCUACCUGGUUGGCAAUGAACAGAAGGCGCUGGUGCUGGACCAGGACAGCGUGGUUCUGAUGGACCAGGAGGUGAAGCUGGAGAACAGAGUCAGCUUCGAGUUGGAAAUUUCCCCCCUCAGUAAAACAGUGCGAAUCACCGCAAAGUCGACCAAGUGCCUGCGGGAGGCGCUGCAGCCUGUGCUGGGGAAGUACGGCGUGGAUGUGGAGCGGGCACUGCUGCGGCGGCACGGGGAGCCGGGAGCCCUGGACCUGGAGAAGCUGGUCAGCACCGUGGCUGCGCAGAAGCUCAUCCUGGAAGCUGCGACAGAAGUGAAAGCGACAGGCGCUGGUGACACUGUUGUGGCCGCUUCCCCCCUUCGGUGCAAGGAGGCCGCCCCCACAGGCACAGAGGUGGAAGCAGACAUGCUGUCAGAGGUGCCCCCCUCCUUCACUAGGUCCAGGCCAGCAGCCCUGAGGAGCAUGAACCGGUGCACGUAUGACCUGGAAGGGCUGGUGGAGCUGCUGAACCGGGCCCAGAGCUGCAGGGCCAACGACCAGCGUGGGCUGCUCUCUAAAGAGGUCCUGGUCCUGCCUGACUUCCUGCAGCUGCCAGGGCAGGAUGCUGGCCCCAGAGAGAGCUCUGAGCGGCAGCAUGGCCCCUGCGAUACCAGCCUCACCCCAAAGGGGGCCGGUGCCCCUUGCCCCCUGGAUCCCGCACUGGCGCAGCCACCUGUCCACUCUGAACUGCACUGAGGCCCAUGCUGCACUUUCUUCAGAGCCAGCGUUGAGGAGUGCCCUGGCCAAAUCCUGCCUCCUUAAACUGCCCCGGCGGUUUCAGGAAACUACAGUAUUCUCCACUUCCUGUCCUAAACUGUUGUAUAGUGUUGCUGUGAGUUGUUAAACAGCUGCCUCA